AUGCCAGGCAUUAGUGAUCCUGGAAAUGAGCUAGCCAAAUUGUGUGUAGAAAAAAAUAUACCCGUUAUACCUGUACCUGGGCCAUCUGCUGUGGUAGCAGCUCUCUCCGCAUCCGGGUUGCCAACUAAUGAGUUUACAUUUGUUGGUUUUCUGCCGAAACAUGGGACAACAAGAAGGGAGAGGUUGAUGGUUGCUGCGAAUAGUGCUACCACUCAGGUCUUCUUUGUUCCUCCCCAUAAUCUCUUUCAGUUUCUGGAAGACACUUCUUCAAUCUUUGGACAACAUAGGCGUUGUGUCAUUGCUCGAGAGAUGACCAAAAUGCAUGAAGAAUUCUGGCGUGGCACUCUUGGGGAAGCCAUGGAAGCUUUCUCCACGCACCAACCGAAAGGUGAAAUCACAAUGUUGAUUGAAGGAAUGACAAUUAGCGAGGGUCAAAAGCUCUCCGAGUCUCAACUUGAAAAGGAGUUGGGCGAGUUGAUUUCUCAAGGGCACAGUCUUUCCAUGGCAGUCAAGUUGGUGGCCCCAGGAACACCCAUGAAGCGAAAAGCAAUAUAUUCUCUGGCACUGGAAAAAUUCGGCAAACAUGGUUCGGAUGAUAAGAAAUGA